AUGUGGUCUACUUCGGCACCCAAUCUCACCACUCGGUACAAGCAGCUCAAAGCUCUGCAGUCACGGCUUGAAAGCCUCCCUGAGGGUUCCCUCUCUGAACCUCAUCUCGGGAGCCUUGGUGUCCACGUGUCAGACUUCGACAUUGAGUCCGACAAGGCGCCAGAUCUACGGGCUCGUUUCUUCUCUCCCCUCCCCCGGGAGCAUGUCAAGAAUUCUCCAUGCAAGCUUGAUCCUGAAACGAAGGAAGCUCUGCGAGAAAAGAACCCGGAAUACCUCAAGCCAGGCCACUCUCAGGAUUGGGAUGAACUACAUUGUCUGGAUUUGGGGCAACUGCGAAAGAUCUACGCCUCUCUCGGCUUGAACGACCCUUUGCUCGGCACCCUGGGCGUUCACGCCUUCACGCUUCUAGAGCAACUAGACCCUCAAGCUAAAAGACCUUGGGAACCUAUCGACGAAGGCUGCGACAAGUAUUACGGCCGCCUCCCGCGGGAAUCAGAUCCCAAUGCACGACUGCGGUGGGAAAUUGCUGCUGCCUUCAAAAGCCGUCAUGGCAGAAAGCCUCAUGUUUACCUCAUCCUGGAAGCAGACUAUGACGGUGACAAUCUGCUCAAGUGUGAGAUGAGCAGCAUUAUCAGCUUUAUGCUGGCCAGUAUGAAGCUGGAGUCCUCCAGGCGGAAGUCAACCGAUUCUUGCCAGCGCUGCUAUACUAUCUUUCCAGUUUUCAUUAUAUCGGUCCUCAAUCCCGGCUAUGCCCGCGUGAUCCAGGCAUAUUUUGAUGGUACGCUGAGAAUCCAGCGCAGUGCCACCUAUGAUAUUGAAAGCUGUGAUCACGAAUCAGUCAUGACUCUAUUCUCUCGGUGGUUGGAUAUCGCACCUAACGGGAUUACCACCUGGAUCCCGUCUCUCUCAUCCAUCGAGGAAAGCUCCGAGGAAGAAUCUUGA